AUGUGCGCUAAUGAGGCUGCAGUGAUGGGCACUGAUAGGUUGCACUGAUGAGGAGGCACUGGUAGGUGGCACUGAUGGGCAUUGACAGGCAUCACUGGGGCGAACUGACAACUCAUGGGGCCCCGGGCAAUAGGGGAUCAUGGGGCCCCUGUGUCCUUGCCCAAACUCAAAAAAGCCUAUGAAAAAGGUACCAGGGGCAUCUCAUGGGGCCCCCUGCUGACCUCGGGCCCUCGGGCAGUGCCCGAGUUUCCAAAUGGUCAGUCCGCCCCUGAUCGAAAG